UUUUUUAAACAACCACUCCUCCCACUGAACAAACUGUAUAUCGGAAACCUCAGCGAGAACGCCGCCCCCUCGGACCUAGAAAGUAUCUUCAAGGACGCCAAGAUCCCGGUGUCGGGCCCCUUCCUGGUGAAGACGGGCUACGCGUUCGUGGACUGCCCGGACGAGAGCUGGGCCCUCAAGGCCAUCGAGGCGCUUUCAGGUAAAACGGAAUUGCACGGGAAACCCAUAGAAGUUGAGCACUCGGUCCCCAAAAGGCAAAGGAUUCGGAAGCUUCAAAUACGAAAUAUCCCGCCUCACUUACAGUGGGAGGUGCUGGAUAGUUUACUAGUCCAGUAUGGAGUGGUGGAGAGCUGUGAGCAAGUGAACACUGACUCGGAAACUGCAGUGGUAAAUGUAACCUAUUCCAGUAAGGACCAAGCUAGACAAGCCUUAGACAAACUGAAUGGAUUCCAGUUAGAGAAUUUCACUCUGAAAGUAGCCUACAUUCCCGACGAAGUGGCUGCCCAGCAGAACCCCUUGCAGCAGCCCCGAGGUCGCCGUGGGCUUGGGCAGAGAGGUUCACCAAGACAGGGGUCUCCAGGAUCUGUAUCCAAGCAGAAGCCAUGUGACUUGCCUCUGCGCCUGCUGGUUCCCACUCAGUUUGUAGGCGCUAUCAUAGGAAAAGAAGGUGCCACCAUUCGGAACAUCACUAAACAGACCCAGUCUAAAAUCGAUGUCCAUCGUAAAGAGAAUGCAGGGGCUGCUGAGAAGUCAAUUACUAUCCUCUCUACCCCUGAAGGCACCUCUGCAGCUUGUAAGUCUAUUCUGGAGAUUAUGUAUAAGGAAGCUCAAGAUAUAAAAUUCACAGAAGAGAUCCCUUUGAAGAUUUUAGCCCACAACAACUUUGUAGGCCGUCUUAUUGGUAAAGAAGGAAGAAACCUUAAAAAAAUUGAACAAGACACUGACACUAAAAUCACAAUAUCUCCAUUACAGGAACUGACGCUGUAUAAUCCCGAACGCACCAUUACAGUUAAAGGCAAUGUGGAAACAUGUGCCAAAGCUGAGGAAGAGAUCAUGAAGAAAAUCAGGGAGUCUUAUGAAAAUGAUAUCGCAUCUAUGAAUCUUCAAGCACAUUUAAUUCCUGGAUUAAAUCUGAAUGCCUUGGGUCUGUUCCCACCCACUUCAGGGAUACCACCUCCCACCUCAGGACCCCCUUCAGCGAUGACUCCUCCCUACCCGCAGUUCGAGCAAUCAGAAACGGAGACUGUUCACCUGUUUAUCCCAGCCCUAUCUGUUGGCGCCAUUAUCGGCAAGCAGGGCCAACACAUCAAACAGCUUUCUCGAUUUGCAGGAGCUUCGAUCAAGAUCGCUCCAGCUGAAGCACCGGACGCUAAGGUGAGGAUGGUGAUUAUCACUGGACCACCAGAGGCUCAGUUCAAGGCUCAGGGAAGAAUUUAUGGAAAAAUUAAAGAAGAAAACUUUGUUAGUCCUAAAGAAGAGGUGAAACUUGAAGCUCAUAUCAGAGUGCCAUCCUUUGCUGCCGGCCGGGUUAUUGGAAAAGGAGGCAAAACGGUGAAUGAGCUCCAGAAUUUGUCAAGUGCAGAAGUAGUUGUCCCUCGUGACCAGACACCUGAUGAGAAUGAUCAAGUAGUUGUCAAAAUAACUGGUCACUUCUAUGCUUGCCAGGUUGCCCAGAGAAAAAUUCAGGAAAUUCUGACUCAGGUAAAGCAGCACCAACAGCAGAAAGCUCUGCAAAGUGGACCACCUCAGUCAAGGCGGAAAUAAAGGCUCAGGAAGCAGCCCACCACAGAGGCAGAUGCCAAACCAAAGACAGAUUGCUUAACCAACAGAUGGGCGCUGCCCCUACCCGGAAUCACAUGCACAAGUUUUUACCUAGCCAGUUGUUUCUGAGGACCAGGCAACUUUUGAACUCCUGUCUCUGUGAGAAUGUAUACUUUAUGCUCUCUGAAAUGUAUGACACCCAGCUUUAAAAAAAUAAUAAUAAUAAGAGGGAAAAAAUCUGUACUUCCCUUUGUUGUAGUCUCACAGUGUAACAAAUAUCCUAAUUUUUCUUAUAUUUCCCCAUAAUGCCAGAUUGGCUUAAUGAUAUUCACUAAAUUCAUCAAAUAAACAAGUUUAGGUUGUUCCUAAAUUCAACUGUUAAGGUUGGAUCAGAAUAGAAUGAUCACAGGAACAUAAAUGUUAAGCCAUUAGCAUAGAAAAACUGUUCUCAGUUUCAUUUUUAUCUAACACUAACACAAAUAACCUAAGGGAAGUGCUAAAUGGUGUUGGCAGGGGUAUUAAAUGUGCAUUUUACUCAACUACCUCAGGUAUUCAGUAAUACAGUGAAAAACAAAAUUGUUUUUUUGAAAAUUUUAUAUACUUUAUAAAGAUAAAAGUCCAUCCACUUUUUAAAAAAUAAAUUUAAAACGUAACAGCUAACAGGCAAAUAAUUGAUAAAAAAAAAUUUUUACUUCUGGCUGGUGACAGUGAAGAUGGAAAAAUAACUUCAGGUUUUUUGAGGCUUUUGACACAAAUAGUUGGAAAAACCAAUAAAUGGGUAAAGCUAUGGAGCAGUGCUAUAUUUGGAGAGCAGCGAUACCAUUUACUCUUGUUUAUAGUUGGGGAAGUUUCUGAUGGUACUAACAGAGCAAAGUGGUGGCAGGAGGCUUUGAACGGCUAGUUUAAGUGGCUUCAGGAGAUUUCAGGUUUGUUUCUUCGGCUACAUGAUUGCAUAAAUCCUUUGUGCUUUUGACUAUCACUACCUAAAGAAAGUGCAUCAGUGAGGAGAUGCAGAACUUAAAAACCGGCAAAGAGCAAGCUUCAGCUUGUCUCUCAGGAUGCUUAGUUUGCCAAUAUGCUUCAGACCAGUUGGUCUACACUUAGGGCAGACCUCAAAGUAACUGCUUUGGGAAGACCAACGGAACAGUGAGAGAUGGUGUGACAGUGUGCAACAGGCAAAAAACGGCUACAUCUCCAUGUGCCUGGCACUGUCAUGAGCCUAAGUUAUUUUGAAGACUUUUCAAGCAAUGAUACCUUUUUUAAAAAAUGAAAGUCCACCUAAAACAUUACAUGAAGUAUAGAAGGAUUUCUGUAUACUCUGCAACCAGUUAUGUGAAAAUAAGUUAAAAGGUAGAGAAUACAAGAAAACAGUUUCUGGAAUAUGAUCCGCAUGACUGUGAAAUCAUCUGAUCUUUGAUAGGGAACUUGCUUGCCCAUUCCUUAACUCGAUGGCAAAGCCCAGUAGGUACAAUUGUGUGGGUGUGGGUGGUCUCCACGGCCACGCUGCUCUCUGAAUUGUUUGUGUUGCUUUUGUUGAUAAGGUGAUCACAGUCGACAUAAUACACUGAUCUGAAGGGCAUUUAUAAUCCUUAAAAAAUUCUUUUUUGCCUCAUUUGUAUUUCAAGAUGAAUUUUUAUACAGACUAGGUAAGUUUUUCUGAAGGUCAGCAUAUGAAUUAGCCAUUUUGAAAAUGACUUCAAAUGUUUUCCUAAAUGUUUUCAGAAAACCAGUUUAUUUUGUAGUUUAGCCAAAGUGCCCUUGGUGUCACAGAAUUCACCUUGCAUUCAUCAUUUGUUUUUUUAUACCAUGAAUUAAAAUUGCUAAGAAAAAUCAUGGACUGGCUUUCUGGUUGGAUUUCAGGUGAGAUGUGUUUCUUUAAAGCCAGAGCUCUUCCUCAAUAUUUGAUUUUUCCAAUAUUUGAUUCUUUUUUUAAAAUACAAAUAGGUGCUGUAUUUAUAUCUGCUGGUUUAAAUUCUGUCAUAUUUCACGUCUAGCCUUUUAGUGUGGCAAAUCAUGUUACUUUCACUUAAGCAUUGGUAAUUUGGAGUAUCUGGUACUAGCUAAGAAAUAAUUCUGUAAUUGAGUUUUGUACUCACCAUAUAUGGAUCAUUCCUCAUCUAUAAUGUGCCCAAAUGCAGCUUCAUUUUCCAGAUACUUUGAUGCAGAAUAAAGUUUUUCAUCAUUAGAUGCA